UUAAAAAGCUCUAAAGGAACGAACGGGUUAGUAUGUUUUGAUCCAUUAUUUUGGUGUAGUGUGACAGUUCGGCAAGGCGAGUGUCAAUUAUUUCUAAAAUCUGUGUGCUGGGGCGGUUGGGUAAAAAAUGUUAACGCAAAAUUUGGAUCAAGAUGCUCAAGUGACAUCCGGUGAAACACAACUAAAGUCCUUCGGCAGUUUCCUCGAUAACUAUGAUAGUAGGCUAACAUCGCUUCUGAACGGCUUAACUAACGGUCACGCGGAAAAUUUCCAUUCAAAUUUGGAUAAAGUACAAAUUGAAAGUUCCGCAGAGAUUCCAGCAAUAACCAUAUCUUACACGCCGCCCAGUGAAUGCAUUUCAAUAUUUCGAUUAGCUGAUUCAGAUAAUAAAACACUCAACAAAGUUCUAGCAACAUUCUCACAGUUGUGCGAUGAGGGAACAAAACUUAAAACUGCAGCGCGGCAGCAUCAAUUUAAGCUACUUUACUUUGAUGAACAUCUAUGUGCGUACGAGGAGCAAGGAGAAGAGUGCUUAAAUGGAAUGGGCGAUUUGUUGGAGUUACUUUAUUCUGUCCAGUACUUGUCGCAAAGAUGCAUAACUGUUGCAAGUACGAUUCUCCAACAGUUGGGGGCUCUGUUUACCUACCGUGCAAUAGAUAAUAGACUGGACUUACAGCUGGCAAUGCAAUUUCAGGAAGUUUUUAAUCGGCUUAGUGAAACCAUCUUGCAAUUGAUUGUUUUCGAUGAAAUUUUGGUCAGUUCGAGGCUCCAAAAUUUCUGGCAAACAUACAAGAAGGCAAUCUACUCAAUAAGUCGGAAUAAGGAUCGAUUCAACCACCCGUACACCGAAUAUGAAAUCAGUGGGCUUACGAAUGUUCUCAGUUCCCUGGAAAUGUUAUUUGCGGGAAGUCUUUUUCAGACAUUCCUGGAUAGCAUAUUCAAAAUAAAAGAGCAAAUCUCGACGAAGGCCUUACCAGAAAUAUCAGGACAUUUCCAAGACUAUAUUCGUGUUAAUUUAACGUCAAUUGAAAAAUUUUCGAGCGUUUUAUCUGAUUUGGACGAAACUGAAUUGAUAAUUAGGAUAAAUGCAAUAUGCGUUUUGUUUCAUCAUUUCUUCGGACAAUUGGAACAGAAAGUCCUUAAGCAACUAUUGGAUGUCAAUUCGAAGAACGUUGGGAUAACAUUGAUCGGAAACAUUAUGUGGAGUCCGGAACAGUUCCUCAAAAAACAUGCUCAGACUCUCAUGAAGAGUUACGACAAAUACUUGCAAGAAAGGAUAUCCUUACGUCAAGUUUAUUUGCAAACUAAAAUCCAAGUAAUCUCACAGGAAACCAAGCAGUAUUGCUCACUGACUCUCACUUGGUGCCUGAAGAUGAACAGCGUCCUUAAUUCCGCUACACAUAAAUUUCAGGUGGUUCAUUUCAAAAAUCUUUGUGGCCUUUUCCUGCAAGGUCUAAAAUAUGCCGGACAGCUGUCCAAUCUGAUUAAAUCAAUAACAAAUCUACAUGUGCUUUUGCACCUGAAAAUGGCCAAACCUACCCUACUGUCAAUAUGCAAAUUAAUCGAGUACCUCAGGAUUGCACAAUUGACAUUUCAAAAUAAUUUUGUUAAAAUCGGCCAGAUCAUACAGUGUGUAAUACAAUAUCUAACCUACAAGACGCUAUUCAUUAUCGCAACAGUGAAGAAAAAAUUAGCAACUCAGCCAUCCCGUAAUGAACGAAAUCUGGACACACUAUCGGCCCUUCAAAUAGCAGAGAAGUGUGUAUACGGUCCAGCGACAAAAUGUCGAAUGCUUAUAGCAUCCUUGGCUUUGAACUUCGCUAAUCCAAUGCGUGUCUUGACACCAGAACACCUCCAAAAGCUUCAUAAAAUAUUCAACCGCCUUAUUCUGCUUUCUGACCUACAAUCAAAUAUUGAGCGAUUAUGUGAUCCAUCCUUCAUGUAUUGGCAUCAGUCUAUCCUAAUUGUGUAUCUUAAGCAAGUUAUUGAUAUAAAAGGAAGUCAAAGUUUGACGCCCCAUGCGUUCUACACGUCAAUGAAGUAUUUAGUACAAUCAGCGGAUACUUGCAGUAAAAAUUUUGAAGAACUCUAUGCAAUGAACAAUUUUAAGACAAUUGAUAGCUUCAGUAAAAUGCACUAUAAACAAUAUCGGCAGGAGGUAGCGGUUAAAUUGUGCGCACAAAUUGAGACAUUCCUCCGAAUCCAUGUUCAUGAGAAUUUGGCACAGAACAAGCCCAAUCCAUUUACUAAUGGAUUAGAAGAUUGCCGCGAUUUGGUUAAUAUCUCUCCCGUGCAGAUAAAUGGAUUCCACGUGGUUCUAAAAGACCAGAUUGAAAACUACCUGAGCAACAUGUUCUACAACCUGACAACAAUAUCAUUGCAUGAUUGGCGAACUUACAGUGAAAUGCGGCAUCUAGGGAACUAUAAAUUUAAUUUAGUUACAAUCGGAGAUCACUUACCCACGCAACAACUGGAACAAGGAAUUGACGUCUUGGAAAUUAUGAGAAAUAUUCACAUAUUUGUCUCAAAAUAUCUUUACAAUAUGAACAAUCAAAUUUUUAUCGAAUACUCCAGCAACAAUAAGCAUUUGAACACCAUUGGAAUUCGUCAUAUUGCAAACUCGCUACGAACGCAUGGAACAGGGAUCAUCAACACAACGGUCAAUUUUACGUACCAGUUUCUGCGUAAGAAGCUUUACACAUUCUCGCAAUUUCUCUACGAUGAACAUAUCAAAUCGCGACUUAUGAAAGAUUUAAAAUAUUUUCGCGGUGGCGCGAAAGAUGGCAAGGAUCGUUCUGCAUCGCAAAUGUAUAACUACGAACGUGCCGAUAGCUUUAACAAGGGCAUACGGAAAUUUGGCCUAACUCCUGAUGGUCAAAGCUAUUUGGAUCUCUUUCGUCAAUUAAUUAGUCAUAUUGGAAAUGCCAUGGGUUAUAUACGCCUCAUGCGCUCAGGAGGUAUCCAUGCCAGUUCGAAUGUAAGUGUGUAUUUGCCGAAAUUAGAUGACAAUCUUGAUUUUGCGAAAGCAACAUGUGGCAUUGAUGCGACUAUGAAAGCUGCUGAGAACCUGGAGAAUAAUAUACAGAAUUUGUCGAAAUGUUUCAGUGAUGAAACGGAAUAUUUCAAGCUCCUAAUCGAGGCGUUCACACCAUUCUUUCGGGAUCCGAAAAACAUGCACUUACGCAAUUUUUACUUGGUUGUUCCGGCCCUCACCAUCAAUUUCGUUGAAUACAUAAUCAACGCGAAGGACAAAAUCCAUAAAAGGGAUAAACAGGGUGUUCUCUUUGUAGACGAUGGACUAGCUAUUGGACUCGCCUAUCUUUUACGACUCCUCAACCAAACCAGUGAAUUCAACUCCUUGCACUGGUUUAAGUCCGUCAAAGAACAUUUUAUUAACGAAAAAUCAAAAAUUAUUGCACAACGAACAAACUACAUUGCUGGAGCAACUGGCGCUGGAAGCAAUGCAGGCUCGCCAAAUGAUGAUAAGCUGCAACAAACACUUACAUUAUCAGAAAAACGAUUAAAUGCGCACCAAAUGGAAUUCAAUUUAUUGUAUUAUAAUAUACAAAGCUCUAAAAUAUUUUUUCGUGAAUAAAGAACUAGCUUUUACAUUAAAUUAAA